AUGGCCAAUCUACCUGAUGGCCCUAAAGAGAUUUCCAAGACUGAGGUCUUUGUGCCUAUGGGUAAAGUCGUCACGCCCACUGACUACGGCCGCUUCUCUGACUCCGCUAGUGGAACGUCCGGAGUCCUUCAUCAGGUGGACAUCUCUGUCAUGACCAACGCUGACUGUGACACCAAUUAUGGCGUCGUCGGCAACGGUGUCGUCUGCGUCGAUAGCACUGGCAGCAAGGGCACCUGCAACCUCCUAUACAACCGAAUCUUCCCUCUGGGCGACUCUGGCGACCCCCUCAACCUCAAUGGCAUGACCUACGGCAUCACCUCCUUCGGUGCCUCCGCCGGAUGUGAGAAGGGCUACCCCGACGCCUCCAUUACUACCUGGACUGGAUUGAGGCGAAGACUGGCGUUACACCCUGAGUGA